AUGAAGCUGGGCGUUACCACAACCAUUGUCGCACUUGCUGCGGUCGCGUCAACCUGUCUCAAUGCCCUCCCCCUACCGGUCCAGUCCCGCGCCGCUGUCCCGGACGUGUACAACAUCGACGUGACAAACCUCUAUCCUGAAGAUGCUGUCUUCGAUAAGGCGCGCAACCUGUUCUACCAGUCGAACCUGUGGAAGGGUCGCGUCUCGGUAUGGAAUGUCAACGACGGCUCGCACUUCAACUUGCUCAUCCCUGGCGUGUCGUCGGAUGGCAGUGGAGACCAGCAGAUGGCGGGGCUGUCGGUCAACGGCGCGGGCAACAAGCUGUUUGCCGUAGCCAAGAACUCUGCCGCAUUCCGAUUUGAUAGCGGACAGAGGCCGGAUGGAACCGACUCGUUCCACCGCUUCAAUCUACCCGUGAAUGCCAACAGUGCGCCGGCGUGGAGUGUCGGGCUGAACGGCGUGCAGACGCAGUUCCAGCAACAGACGGGGACGCUUCCCUUUGGACCCGUGGCUUCCGCCCAGGAUGGACAGGACAACUCGUACGUCGUGUUUGCGCUCGGCAUGCCCGCAAUCGCAAAGGUGUCGGCCAAUGGGCAGAGCAUCACACCGUUCUUCUCGGAAGAGUCCAACGGAAGCCAACGCCCCGGAUACACGGGCGUCGCUUACAUCCCCGAAGACAAUGUCCUGGUUGCCUUUGGCGGCCCGCGUCCCCUCACUGCCUUCGACCUCAACGACCCCAACCCCUCCGGAAUCGCGGUCCAGCUGACUGGCGAUAACUUUGGGAGUGUUGAUGGGAGCGAGAAGCUCCACCCCAUCCGUGUGGGCGGCAAAACCAACCUGUUUGGCGCCAAGGCUCCCAACGCUUACCGCUUCCAGUCGAACGACCGAUGGCGCACCGCUUCCGUCAAAUCGUCGACGAGGAGCGAGUUUGGCUCCAACUCGCUCACUGUUGUUACCGAGGCCAACUUUAACGGCCAACAGGAGGUCUACGGUGGAGGUGCCUACUUUGGAGAGGGUGCGCACGGAGGUAGAACCCAGUUCCCUCUGUACAGGAUCUACAACCUGCUCUGA